AUGGAAGCAACUCAGUACUUACGAAUAGCUUUAGUAUUUCUUAGUCUAGUUAUAUUUUCUAGAUUUAGUUUUGGAGCUUCAAAAUCUUCAGGAUUCAGCAUUAAGCUCAUCCCAAUAGACUCUAGUGAGUCCCCUUUAUAUCAACCUAACCUUACUCACCACGAAAGAGUUGAAAGAAGGGUUAAUAUCACCCUGGCCAAAGCUAAACUAACGAACUUACGUUUUACUCAAAAUGCAACAUUCAGUGAUGACAAGCUUAUGACUGCUCUAGACCGUCAAUUUAUAUUCUAUAUUGCGUAUAUGAUGAUUGGAAACCCAGUGCAUCCUGUGUAUAUAAUGGUGGACACCGGUAGUAGCUUAAGUUGGACACAAUGUGAACCUUGCAUAAAUUGUUUCCAACAAAGUUAUCCCAGAUACAAUUCACAAGCUUCCUCUUCUUACCAUAGAGUUAAUUGUGAUCACCCUCUUUGUAACUACAAUGAACCAUCCAGCGUUUUCCGAUGUGUUAAUGGCGAUUGCGUCUACAGUCAAACAUAUGGUGCUGGUCCAACUUCUUCUGGGCCAACAAAAGGUUAUCUCUCCUCGGAAUCAUUUCAUUUUAUAAAUAGAAACUAUGGUGACGAAGAAUUUACUGUUCUCUUCGGCUGCUCGAAUGACAACGUAAAUUUCUACUUCGGUAAUCAACCAUCUAAUAGGAUUUCUGGGAUCUUGGGAUUAGACUUAGAUCCUACCUCACUAGUGAGCCAAUUGCAUGAAACAAUUGGUGGUGUUUUCUCUUAUUGUAUUGUUCCUUAUGAUCAAAAUUAUCCAUUCGAUGUUCAUCCUCAUAUACUCAGGUUUGGGGAUGAUGUUCAAUUACCUGAAGGAAACAUUCCAACAACGCCCUUUAUAAGUUUUGUAGGCAGAAAUUUUUAUUAUCUUGAUCUUAUAGAUAUAAGUGUUGGAAGGUAUCGCUUAUAUUUACCACCAGGUUCCUUCGACGCUACACUCGGUCCCGGUUUUUUCGUAGAUUCAGGAAAUCCAUUUACCACACUCACCACAAGUUCCACGAGUGGGCUCAAUGUUUUUGAAUUGGUGACAACAGCAUUUAGUCUACACUACGAUUCUUAUAAUCUUGUGAGAGUAGUACUACAUCCCACUAGCAAUAUAAAGUUCAGUAUUUGUUAUGUCCUCAGAGAAGGUUUUACAGAUUAUCUACCAUUGACCUAUCAUUUCCAAGGAGCAGACUACGUAGUACAUAGCAGGUUUGUGCACAUGGAAUUUAAUGAAGGAUUUUUCUGUGUAGCAUUAAUGCCCAGUCCAUUCGCUUCUAUUCUAGGAGCUUAUCAUAUGCAAAAUAUGCGCAUUAUUCAUAACACAGUAAUAAAUGCAAUUCAGUUUUACGAGGAAGAAUGUGCUUCUGAUCACUUUUAG